AUUACAUCUCUCUCAACUUUCCCAGUUAAUUCUUUUAUCAAAUAUCGCCAAAAUGCGUUACUCAUCAACCCUCCUCUUUGCCACCUCGGCAGUCCUCGUCCUCUCCUCUCCCCUCCCCAAACCUUUGAACAUCAACAUGGGCGCCUACUCUCCAGCCUUGGUAGUCGGUGAUGGAGCCAUUGGAUUCAAGGGCACGGAAUCAGUCACGAACCUCAUGAACACCCUCCAAGGUGCAGCCGCCAACUCAGCUUUCGCAAACGGCGCCGCCGCUCCUGCCGCCGCUGCCCCAGCAGCUGCCGAAGGUACCGUCGCGCAAGAUCCGCAAGGUGCAGCGGUAACGCAGCUACUGGAGGGAAUGGGCAAGAGUGUUGUCAACUCGAAGAGGGACCCCAUUGAUGAGGAUGCGUAUCAUCUUAAGGCAUUGAAUGUAGAGAUCGAGACGAGAAAGGUGGUUAGGGAUACGGCUGAUGAUUUGGUGGAUGAGGAUUUGGAGUUGGAUGAGGAGGAUGAGUACAAGAGAGACAUUGAAGAGCUUGAGGGUGAGGUAUACCGUUUGGGAAUCUGAUCGCGGCGGAACUGUCGCUGACCGGUAAUAGAUUGAGGAUGGGGAUGUAGAGAAGAGAGAUCUCACUGGCUUCAACGCGGC